AUGACGGAGUCGAAGGACGAGGCAGUGGAGAGGGACAACCGGAAGCGAGAUGCGAAGACAUUGUGCCUGAUCCAGCAGGCUGUGGACGGGCAGAACCUCGACCGAAUUGCUGAAGCCAAAUCGGCGCACGAAGCUUGGGAGAUAUUGAGAAAACAUUGGGCACAAACUCUCCGACAAGACUUUGAGACGCUCCAAAUGGGUGACGACGAGGGAGUUCAGGCGUACAUCUCAAGUGUUAUCACAAUCACCAACCAGAUCAAGGCUCUUGGGCACAAACUCAAGGAACCUGAAGCUGUGUCCAAGGUGCUUCGGAGUCUAGGGCCGAAGUUCGACUGGGUUGUUGUCGCAAUUGAGGAGUUGAAGGAGAUCGCAAAGCUCGCGUUGGAUGACCUUUGUGGUACGCUGCAAGCUCACGAGGUGAGAGUGAAUCAUGCGGUAGGGAAGGCAGUUGAGAAAGCUCUCCAUGUCAAGAGUGAGCAUCCUAUCACAAACCACAGCAAAGGUGGAGCUGCUGUGAGCUUGUGGGGAGAUGGUAGAGGCCGUGGGAGGUCGUUUGCUCACCGGAGAGAUAAAGCUCGAGGUGGUCGUGGAAGGGGCUUGGAAAACAAAAGCCACAUUUAA